AUGACUCUUCUGGUCAUAGAUCUCGGUAUGUUCGGGCAUGAAUCGGCAGGCCAAUUAUGGGUCAGACCGAUUGUGGAUUGGAUUGAGUAUGUGCGUACCGGGCUCUGA